AUGGCUGAUCGUCAACAAUCACAGCUACUAGGGAAACAACCGAGGUCCCACCAAGUAGUCAAGGCGACUACUGCUGUCACUGCUGGUGGGUCUCUCUUGGUUCUCUCCGGUCUGACCCUCACUAUCACAGUCAUUCUGUUGACCAUAGCCACGCCAUUACUGGUCAUAUUCAGUCCAGUUAUUGUUCCUGCAGUGAUAACAGUUUCUCUCUUGCUUAUGGGAUUCUUGGCCUCUGGUGGCUUUGGCGUGGCAGGAAUUACUGUCAUGUCAUGGAUCUAUAGGUAUGUUACUGGGAGGCAUCCUCCAGGGGCAGAUACGCUGGAACAGGCACGCAUGAAGUUGGCUGGUAAGGCAAGGGAAAUGAAAGACAGGGCUGAGCAAUUUGGGCAUCAAGUUGAGAUUUCUUAA